AGCCAUGUCAGAGUUGCACCAGGCAGCAGCAGCGGCAGACUUGGAUCAGGUUGAGAAGCUUUUGAGGCAGAAGAAAUGCAACCCCAAUCAGAAGGACACGGACUGGGGCAACAAGACACCUCUGCACUGGGCUGCAUCCAAAGGAGACGUGGAAACGGCGAGGCUUCUCCUCGACCACGGAGCCCGGCCCUGUCUGAGGACAGAACUCGGGUGGACCCCGGGCCAUUUUGCCGCCGAGGCCGGGUCCCUGGCGGUGCUGAGGCUGCUGCACUCGGUCCACGCACCCCUCGACAAGGAUGACGCCAGCGGGGAAAAGCCAGUGCGAAUUGCUGAAAUAUACGGACACAAGGAGUGUGUUUUAUUCCUCAGGCGGUACGACGUCAACUUGGCAGAGGUGGAGGGUUGGGCGUACCGCAAAUGUGCAGCUGACAAGGGAAUCUCUGUGGACGACGACGAUGAGGAGUGGGAAGGGCAAAAGAAAGAUGAAGGAAAAGGCCAUCAGUGAAUCUUGAUUGCAAGUACAGAAU